CGUAGGCAGCAGCACCUUCAGACCGACAAAGAUACCAUUCAGUGCUUCAGUCUUUUCACGCCUCUCUCGCGUGUGCUCGCUCUCCGGUUGAACGGUUCGUUCGCGGAACGUGGUGACGGGUUUCCUGCUGUCCGCAGUUGUGCUGUGGUGCCUCGAUGUCCCGAAGUCUGCCGUCUCAAGAUGACAGCUCUGUAAUCCGGUGCCGCUGAUUUACACUGCUGAAUAUCUGUUUUAUUCCGUGAUCAAUAACUAUAAUUUACGUGAUUAGCUUAUUCGAAUCGGUUUUUUCCUUACCAAGCAAAGUGGAUGGAAAAUUUGUGUGUUUCUGACGAGGAGUGAUUUUCCGCUAGCAGCAGUGUCGGUGGGAGGCGGUCUGCAAUAGAAAACCGUGAAAAUAAAAAAGAAAAAUAGCUGCUCUGUGGAACGAAAUAUAUUCGGCUACGAUUGUGGGUUUUGUGGCUGAAAGUGGCAGUGUUCCACCCAACAAAAAUUGAGAAAAAUGUUCAAUCUGGCAGUAGUUCGUCAGUCCCGCGAAUUGCGGCAAUCAGCGACAGCGGCAGCAGCCAGUAGCAACGACGACGACGAGGACGGAAGGGUCUAGAAUGAUUGGCGGGUUGCUGCGAUCAAUCCUCCUACCACUUUGAUGUCUGUGCUUUUCAACAGUUGAGUGAGAAAGAAGAAGAAAAAAAAACAGUUCGAGUGAUUUUUGCAUCAACGCGAUAUAUUUUUCGCACUCAAUUUCGCCAUUCAACACCGGCAAGUUCCGUUUGGGUGUUUGUUUUGGCCAUCGGCAAACUUACGUCUCCGGCCCGUGAAAAACUACUUCGGAGCUUCGGACUGGCAAUGCUGCCAAUGACAGUAGGAUUUCAUAAAUAGCCGCACAGAUCGGCGCAACGGUACUCACACAACGUUACAACGUUACAAUCACAUUGGAAGGGAAUCGUUCGGUUCGUAAAUCGACUGAUCACAUCGCGACCUGGAUCACGCGUUCGAUACAGAAGAUAUAUCAUUCGCUGCCGGAGAUCGUUCGGUGUGCCAAAAAAUCACCAUCCAACGAGGAACCAACCUGCUCGGCUGAUUCGGCUGAUCCGUACCCGAGCCGAAGAAGGUCCAGCCAGGAAAAGGAUCGUGUGAUCGCAGGUGGUUCGAUCAGUCGUGCAGGAUUGAUCAUAUCGUGCUAAUCGCGUUUUCCUAGGUACCGAAUCCGGCUAUAGUUUGGUUUGUUCGUGUCCGUGUCGUAGAUUCUGGCCUAAAUGUGUGCUAAGGUCAACGGGCUUAACCUGGCCGGUAAGAGGGAAUCCAAGAGAGAAGCCCUUGACAAUGGACGCUCCGACCUUGAGGCAACAGUAUAAAUAGUAAACAGUGAAAGCGACUGUUCUAAAGGGUUUGAAAAAAAAAGAAAAUAACGGAGCAAACGAAUUGGGGAGAACAGUGAUAACAUCGGUUUCAGACGUCAAAAAAUCGAAUCUAGUAGGCGAGCUACGUCGAUGUGACGCACGUUUGUACAAGUGAACCGUAGCAGAAAUAACCAAAUGAUUCGUAAUUCGAUUAGAAGGUUGUGCAUAGCCGGGAAAAAGAUUGACCUUCGGAAUAGUGUGAGAAAGUGAAAAAUUUCUAGUGGAAGCGAAGAAAAAAUCAUGUGGAAAACCCGCACUUUCUCUGUGCUGUAGUUGGUCAAACAACCCACCAAAACCCAGUGGCACCCAAUUGGAACAAAAAUCAACCGCUCAUCUCGUCACUGAGAAAUGCGAACCAAAUUCACAAUCACCUCGCUUAGCAAAACAAGUGCUAGUAUUUUUGUAUUGAUCUGAAAAAGCGCACAGUAAUUGGUAAAUCUAAACGUCAAACGGUUUUUUGAUCCUUCCGCGAUCCGCAGAAAGUUAAAAAAUAUUCAUGGAAAAUCAGCAUCAAUUCGUGGCCUCGUGCAUAUAUUCUAAAUUUGUGUAAAAGAAAAAUUGAUCAAUAAUUCGAAUCACAGUAAAAAUUCGGUCUUGCUCUGGUUUUCGGAUCGUGAAACCCUGGUUUACCUCAAAACAGGAAGAAUCAAACCCCCAAAAGCAAUCAUCUUGCGGACUGAAUCAUUAGUAGAAGUAGCCGUAGUUCUAAUUGUAGAGGUAAUUGAACAAACAGCACAUACCAUAUAGCAAAUACGAUAUCAAACAAAAAAAUGCCGAAAAAUUUACGGCCCCCGACGUCGUCCAGCAACGCCUACGGACGGAUUGGUCUUGUUCCGGAAUCGGACGAUUCGCUGCACAGCCAGGACGUCGACUCAGGCGAUUCGAAAAUUCCUGCCCAACAACCGCAGUAAGAUCGGAACCCACUGCGGCAGCUCGCUGGAGAUGAAAGUGAAGGCGACCGGAAAGCGAAUUUUGCGACGCAGGAAAAGCAGCAAGAAAAGUCUGGACCGAUUCCCCACACCAAAUCAGGUGACGGAGGCAUCACUGGAGAUAUGGCGCACACUACCGGCGGCCAUCCGGCAGGACCCGAGCCUAGCCUCAUUCCGGCAGGAGCACGAGCGGUUGCAUGGUCCAGAUGACGAUCCGUUGCCGAAUGAUGACUUCGCGGCGGAGGACGGCGAUGACCACAGCAAAGAGUUCAUCACAAUCAAGGUCACAAAUGCCGACUCGAGCGUGGACGGAACCGAUGCCGGAAGUGGCAAACUUACGUCCGGUGCGGUUACUCCACGUAACAACAACAACAAACAUCAGAAUGGUCCGAACACAACGGCCAACGGGGAAGGCGAUGAGCACGAAGUUACGAUGCACGGAGUUCACAGCCAAUCGCACACGCACCAGGGCAAGAUCUUCGGGUACGUUAAGAUCAGUUGCCUGCUCGUGACAUGGCUUAUCUUUACCGGAUUUCUAAUGUCGAAAAACGAGAAAGAACUGGAGUCGCGACAAAUGUCCGUGUCAGAGGGAAACGUUAGAACUUACAUAUUGCCGGAAGCACCCCCUUACUCGAGGGUCGGAAUUUACCUCAAAGGUGCCUUUUUGAACGACCAACAACAUAAUAUGACGAGCAACUACGUUUCGAUUAACUUGCAGCUGCUCUACACCAACAGCAAUAGUUCAAACUUAAGCUACAUACAGGAGCACGAGGUGAAGCACACUGAAAACGUGACAGACGCCUGGCUGGUACCGAUCCCGGUCAAUACCGAAAUGUUGGAUCAGCAAGACGAAAUCACUCGCAAAUACGUCUUCGACAUCGGCACCUCCAGUCACCGUAAGGUCAUCAAUGGGAAGGCGAUGAUUCGCGUUCGCAUGUCGACCAACGCGGACACCGAUGUUGCCUUCAAAUUCACCUACGAUCCGACACCGAUCGACAAAGAGAUGGGUGUGAUCUACGCGGCGAUCGUGCUGCUAGGACUUUACGUUCUGAUCAUCUGGGAGAUCGUGAAUCGCACGUUUGCGGCUAUCGUCGCGUCCACUUUGGCGAUCGGUGUCCUGGCAGCUAUGGACCAAAGGCCCAGCAUGCCGAAGUUGAUCUCGUGGAUAGACGUUGAAACGCUGUUGCUACUGUUCGGUAUGAUGAUCAUGGUUGCGAUCUUGUCGGAAACCGGUAUCUUCGAUUUCCUGGCCGUUUACGCUUACCAGGUCACCAACGGUAAGGUUUGGCCGUUGAUCAACUGCUUGUGCAUAUUUACGGCCAUUCUUUCAUCGUUCCUGGAUAACGUAACGACCGUGCUGCUAAUGACGCCUGUCACGAUACGGUUGUGCGAGGUGAUGGGGCUAAAUCCGGUACCGGUGCUGAUGUCGAUGGUGAUCUACUCGAACGUCGGCGGUACCCUGACGCCAGUCGGUGAUCCACCGAACGUUAUCAUUGCCUCCAAUAGUUACAUUUCGAAGAAUGGAGUUAAUUUUGCCACAUUCACGCUGCACAUGGCCAUUCCGAUAGCCAUCGUAAUGGUCACGACAUAUUUCCAGCUUCGUAUGAAGUUCCGAAAUAUCAAUGAUCUGCGAUUCAAUGAGCCGCAGGAUGUUCAGGAGAUUCGGCACGAGAUUGCUGUGUGGCAACGUGCAGCCGCUUCACUGUCGUCCUACUCCAAGGACGAAGAUCUGGUACGAGAAACACUGCUCAAAAAGGUUAACCGAUUGUCGCGAACGCUCAAGAAGAAGUUGGUCAGUGGAUCUGUCCCAGUGGAAAGUUACAGAGCAACGUUGGAGGAACUGAAGAGCAAGUAUCCAAUUAGAAACAAAGCACUUCUGGUGAAGUCCGCCCUUACCCUUGCCUUUGUGAUCACGUUCUUCUUCCUGCAUUCGGCCCCAGAUAUUCAGAAGUUGUCGCUCGGCUGGACCGCGCUUCUGGGAGCCAUACUUCUGCUGAUUCUAGCUGACAGGGAAGAUAUAGAAUCGGUGAUUGCCCGUGUCGAGUGGUCUACUCUGCUCUUCUUCGCUGCCUUAUUUAUCCUGAUGGAAGCCCUUGCCGAGCUUGGCCUGAUAGACUGGAUCGGAAAGCAGACGGUGAAUGUUAUUUUAUCCGUAUCGGAGGAAUCUCGACUAGCUGUUGCCAUAUUAAUUAUUCUCUGGGUAUCUGCCUUCGCGUCCGCCUUCGUUGACAAUAUCCCGCUGACAACGAUGAUGGUGAAAAUUGCUAUCGGUUUGGCCGAAAACGAAGCUCUCGAUCUGCCCCUGAUUCCGCUUGUGUGGGCACUUGCCCUAGGAGCUUGUUUAGGAGGUAACGGUACAUUAAUUGGUGCCUCCGCUAAUGUAGUGUGCGCCGGUGUUGCUGAGCAGCACGGCUAUAGGUUUACCUUUAUAGAGUAUUUCAAGGUCGGUUUUCCAGUGAUGGUGGGCAGUAUAAUCGUAUCUACCAUCUAUCUUAUGUUUGCCCAUGUUGUCUUUACCUGGCACUGAUGAUCCGUCGUGCCGUAAGUCCAGCAGGCACACCCUGAUGGUCAUCGAAACCCGCCAUAUAUUCGGAAUGGCUGAUUAGAUUGGCCCUCCCUCCGGUACACGAGGUCUGCCUCGACACCUCCCCCCCCACAUUUGCACCAAUCCGAACAUCAGCUCGGAUUGGGUGCAAGCAAACAAACAAAAGAUGUGAUAUUCUUCCGAAAUCCCAAUCAACUCUAGAAUUACUAUUGUUUACGGCUAAUAUCACAGAUGUAUUAGCGAUAGGGAUAACCACAGAAAAAAAAACGAAUACUAAUUAGCUAGUUAGAACAAGCGACACAGGAAACAUCGAGCCACGCGGUAGAGCCCUCCCUUGGAGAACCAUUUGUCAAUUUCAUUCAUAAGCGUAACAAUUUUUCCCAGAAGUCAACGUUCGUAAUUUUGAUAGCUACUAUAAACACAAACAUGAAGGCAUACUGCACAGUUAAUAUCACAGUAGGCCGUAGCUAGCAACCCCCAAUGAAUGCGUCAAAUCAGGAAGAAAUAGUCUCCGCAACAAAACAUAUACGUACCCUUCCAUUGCCUGCUACGAUCAAUUUCAUUUUCAAACUAUUUUUUUUGUUCUAUUUACGAUAGACUUCAAGUGCUUUUUCGUUUUUGUUUUUCUUUGUAUAAUUUGUAAAGUCUAUUUACAAAGAAUAUAUUGUUGACAAUAGUUUAGUAGUUUCUCUUUAAAAAUAGAAGAAAAAACAUUUUUAGUUAGUCAAAAAAUAGAUGAAAAUAAAUAAGGAAACUGUAGAACAAGUUGUAAAAAGUAUCUAAUUUAAUGGUAAUGAAAAAAGACAUUCCAUGAAACCUACACCAAAAACAAAAAACCUAACUAACAAAUAACCAAUAAAAGGAAGAAAAAAAAAGUAAUGUCAAAUACAAUCGAAUUAUGUGACUAGCAAGAAGAGACACAAGUUAAUGAUUAGUGGAGGAAGUAUAUUUUUUUAGAAAUAAUUCAAAGGUUUGUCACGAAACUAUAAAAAAAAUGGCCAACUGCAGUUUAGGUAAACUGAAAAUGUUAUUUAGAAGUAAAAAGUAAAUGAAUUUAAAUAAAAUUUCAUCACUAAAACAAAAGAACUUAGAGUUAUUAGUAUACGUAUGAACGACAAAAAAAAAGUUCAUUCAAAAAUGCGUCGUUACGUGUUUCAACUUAAUCAGAGCAGUUUGAAAUUAAAUAGCUAAACAUUACUCUCAGUUAGCUAGGCCCCGUUUGCUAGCCCAAAAGAUAGUUCGCAGUAUGACAGCGUAGCGAGAUGGAAAAUCAACGGCAGUGCCCAGUCGAAGGCGAACAAUCUCUUAGGCUCGGUGGAGCUUAGAAAUUUCUCGAAUUAAAACUCAGUUAGAUGGUAAAGAUUUGUUGCAUUUUAUAUAACUAUAUCUAGUGAUGGGCAAUAGCUAUCCAUUCAUUGGCUGUAAGUGGAUGUUACUAAACGGAGAUCAACGUGAGAAAUACGCAACGCUGGAUGGUUUAUAAUGGAAACCGAAGUUGGAAUUUACCGAAGAAAACGGUUUGUAAAAAGCGAAACAUUUAUAUUAAAAAAAAACGAAACAAAAAUAUAUAACAAAAAUUUGAACUAUCAA